CACCGGAAGUCGGGCGAGUCAGUACGUGGCGGAGGCUGCACAAGGGCGGUCCUACGUUCUUUCGUGCCGUUGUAGAGCUGCUGUUUGUGUGUUAAGAGUACCCGAGUUACUGCGUGCAAAAUUUAUCUCAUAACGCAAGAUAAUACAAUGUCCAUGUCGGGCGAAUUCGGAAACCCGUUGAGGAAAUUCAAGCUCGUCUUCCUCGGCGAGCAGAGCGUGGGCAAAACCUCGCUUAUCACUAGGUUUAUGUAUGACUCCUUCGACAACACCUACCAGGUACGGCUCCAGCUCUGGGAUACUGCAGGCCAGGAGAGGUUCCGCAGCCUUAUUCCCUCGUAUAUCCGAGAUUCUACAGUAGCUGUUGUUGUGUAUGAUAUAACAAAUGCAAAUUCCUUCCACCAAACCUCUAAAUGGAUAGAUGAUGUGCGAACAGAGCGAGGAAGUGAUGUAAUCAUCAUGCUUGUAGGCAAUAAGACUGAUUUGUCAGAUAAGAGACAGGUCUCCACGGAGGAAGGCGAACGAAAAGCAAAGGAGCUUAAUGUUAUGUUCAUCGAGACUAGUGCGAAAGCAGGAUACAACGUGAAGCAGCUGUUCCGGCGAGUUGCUGCUGCUCUGCCAGGCAUGGAGCCCACCGACAACAAGAAGGUUGACAUGACCGAAGUUGUGCUGCGAGACUCCGAAAAUGCUGCGGAUAUCGGGCGGACAGCGGAUGGUGGAUGCGCUUGCUAAACAUUAAAAAACAAAACAAGAAAGAUAAAGGCAAAAUAAAACAAUAAAAAGAGCAUUAAAAGGAAUAAAAACACCCCUAUCGGUUCUAACCGUUGCCACCUCCACCCACCUCACCUCACCGCCCAGCACUUCCGCCCAUACUACCUGCCUGCUUCACCGGGCCACUACCACCAUGGGGUUGCAAGUUGGGAUUUGCCAUGGUUGUAUCUUUAGAGUUCCAGCCAGCAAGCAGCAGCAAGGGAUUGCGUGUUAGCCAGGCACUGUUGCAUUUUACAAUGAUAGCUUUGUUCUUAUCAUACUCCUUUGUAUUUUAACGUAAUGUUUGAGGUUAACAAUCCCCCCUCCCCCAACCCUCCCAACCCCAUUUGUACCUCAGAGUAAUGCAGAUAGCACUGUUAGUGAGGGAAGAAAAGUUAAAUAACAGUUUAUAUUUUAUAUAUAUAUAUAUAUAUAUAUAUAUAUAUAUAUAUAUAUAUAUUGCAUACUGCAUAUUAUAGGAAUUCUGUUGCAGCUGUUUCUAUCUCUGUUUAAGUAAUACCCUCUGUUUUUGUAUAGAUUUGAAUAGCUAGCUACUGCACUCUGUAGGAAAAUCCCAUUGGAAUUUCCAUAGAACCCGGUGAUGAUUUGGCCAGUGAUUGCCAAGUAAAGGCAAGAAUGGUUGUUAGUACUUUGAUAGUAAGUGAUACUUAAUACUGUUUAGUUUUAGAUUUCUCUACAUAGUGGACCUUCAGUGGUAACUCCAGUCUCUUCAUUCUGUGUGUGUAUAUAUAUAUAAAUAUAUAUGUAUGUAUGGUGUCUCAUAUUUAUGGUAAUGUCUAUUUGUGGCUUGUAUUAAUACAGUCUUGAUUGCCAUGCACUCAUGAGUGAUGGCAGGGAUAGAAAAGUUUCAUUUUGUAUACAUAGUCAUUACCAGUUGCUGUCCAGCAAUGCUCUCUCUUUAUUGAGAGCAGAUGCCUUGCUAAAAGUUGGGUUUCUUUGAAGGGAUUUUGAUUGAUGCUUUAAUCAUUAUUUUUAUAUGUUGUGGAGACCAAAUACAAUCUCAAACCAA